AUGUCGCUACCAAUGAUGGCACUCCACCACCCUGGCAACGAAGCAGCUCCCAUUUCAUUCUAUCGCUUUCAAUUCCCUGUCACGCUGGCCUUCGCGUUAACAAUCAACAAGUCUCAGGGGCAGACUCUCAGCGACGUGUGUCUGGUCUUGCCGACUCCUGUAUUCGCACACGGUCAGUUGUAUGUAGGUCUGUCCAGAUGCACUUCAGCUGCAGGGACAAGGGUAGUGGUGACUGAAGCAGAGCGUGAAUUUAAGACAGUCAAUGUUGUAUACCGAGGUUUGCUCGAAGGGUCUGAGAGUUGA